AUGAGCCCGUGGCAGCGCACGCUCGGACAGCCGCUGCGCUUCGCCGGCGUGGGGCUGCACUGCGCCCAGAAGGUGGCGGUCCGCGUGCUGCCGGCGCCCGCGGACUCGGGUAUCGUCUUCCGCGCCAAGACGCGAGCAGAGAGCGUGGCCAUCCCCGCGCUCAUCGCGAAUGUGGACGCGCGCAAGAGCCAAUUGUGCACGCAGCUCACGGCCAACGGCACGAGCGUGUCGACUGCCGAGCAUUUGAUGGCGGCGCUGGUGGCGUCACGCGUGACGAACGCGUUCGUCGACUUCGAGCGAGACAGUGAGACUUCCAGCGUUGAGCUGCCGGUGCUGGACGGGAGCAGCAUCAAGUACGUGGAAGGGAUCCGCCGCGUCGGCGUCGAGGAGCAGCACGGCGCGGUGCUAAAGUAUCUGCGAAUCAAGCGCCCUGUGCAGGUCUUAAAGCAGGACAAGGCGGCGUGGCUGCUCCCUCUGCCGAUGGAUCUCAGUGGAUCUCCUGCUUCGAUGCAGGCGCCGACGCUGCAUAUGUCGGUGCAGGUGAACUUCGAGCACAAGCAGCUGGGCACGACGUUCUGUCGCUUCGCGCUGGGGGCUGAUCCGGCUGCGAGUUUGGACGCCUUCCAGCGCGAGAUUGCAUCGGCCAGGACCUUCACUUUCGAAGACGAGAUCGCGUGGAUGCAAGCCAACGGCCUGGCACGCGGCGGAUCGCUCGACAAUGCCGUCGUGUUCUCCUCCAAGGACGGACGAUCCACUGUGCUGAACGAGGACGGACUGCGCUUCCCGGACGAGUGGACGCGGCAUAAGAUGCUGGACUGCGUCGGGGACAUCGGUCUUGCGGGGCUCCCGCUGCACGGCUACUUCUUCGCGACGAGUCCAGGCCACGCGCUGACCCAUGAGCUGCUCCGAGAGCUCCUCAAACAUCCCGAGAACUACGAGGAAGUGUCCUAAAAUCAGCAAAAUAGAGAGGGUAAG